UACUCGAAUUAUAUACGUAGGCGUAUUAAGUUUAUAAUUACAAUACUUAGAAAAUUUAAAGUUAUUUUUCCUCCGCGAGUUUGUUUGGUAAUAGAGACACCGAUCACGUGAACGCGCGUCACUUCCGUCAACAAAGUCAUGCAGCUGUUAUAAGCAAACAACGCAAUACUCGAUUCUGUCAAGCAAGUCGAUCGUGAUUGUUCGAUGAUGCCAUUCAUAGGCAGAGAUUGGAGAUCGCCAGGCGAAGCUUGGGUCAAAACGGAAGAAGGUUGGGAACGUAAAAAAAUCUUAGAGAAAUUGAACCGUACGGUGCAGCAAAGAUUAGCACUAGAAAGAUGCAAUGUGAAUUAUAGAUGUAAUUUAAAUAAUUGUGAUAAUGAUGAGAAUAAUAAUAAUGCAGAUGCAAACAACAAUGCUGAUUUGGAAAAGUGGCAACCUUAUUGUCGCAUUACAUUGAAAAUUACUAAAGAGGUUGCUGGAUAUAAUACUAUUAGCGAAGCAUUUCGGAGAUUGGAUUUUACUAAUGCUGUUAGAGAUAUUAGAAGAUUCAACUACAUAUGCAAGCUGUUACACCUACUUAUAACACAGAACCUGACCACUCUUAGUGGUUGUGCUACCAAAGUACUUUUCACAAUGCUGGAAGAAGUAGCAUGGCAAGUGGCAAGUAAUCAACAAAAUAUUCAUAUUCUCCAUACACUUCUUCAUGACCUAAAGAAAACUAUGCGAAAGUAUUACUGUUGGGGUCGUCCAUUAGGGAGUACGUUGCUCUGGGAACAACAUUUACGCACUAUCGAACGAAUCUGUCUCAUGGCUAGUCACAUUGAAAUCAAAGAGCCUGAAGAUGGUCGAAAGUUAACUGAUCUUCCAACUGAACUCAUCAGGGAAAUUCUUCUUCGCUUGAGUGAUUAUAAAGACUUGUUGAACUCUGGACAGGCAUAUGAUGUAAUGAAAGCACUCUUAGACGAGCAACAUAUAUGGAAGCAGUUAUGCCAUUUCCAUUUUACGUGUCAACAGAUUCAUAAUGUUUUAGAAAAUGGCAAGGGUAAAUUGAAACAUAGUAACAAAAUUGAUUGGCAGCAACUCUUCCAUCAUCUACGUCGUAAAUUUGGAUUGAAAGAAGAAUAUGCAGAUUAUUUAUUUCUCUGUAGACACUGCCGGAGUUUAUUUUGGAAAUCUUUCGGACAUCCGUGCUUGGACCUGUUUACCCCCGCUCAAAACGAUAACGAAGAGGGAAACGACAGAGACGACGACUGCGUGGGUACGGUACCUCUGUACGUGCCGGUACCGCCUCAAAUGUUUCUCAAGUUCUUUUCUCUGUGAUGGCUCGUCCGGUACACCGUUCGAUUUCUUUUCUUUUAUCUCCAGUUCCCCAAAUUCGACUUGGUUCUAUUUUUAACGUUUUAUUACGAAACGGCACAAAAGAAAAAAACUCCGACUGUGACGCCGCGCGGCCUCUAAAGAUAGUUUAAUAUUUUUAAAACUUAGUUUUUAAUCCCGUAUUUUUUCACCAGCGGGACCAGGGCCGGCGUCGACGUUUUCGUCGGCGUGGCGAGGAGAUUCCGCGCAUUUAUUUUCUUCUACGGAACGUAAUCGGACGGCGCAAGACGAAGUUAAAGCGCCCGAAAGUAUUAGAAAUAGGCCCGGGUCUCUUUCGUCGGCGAGAACGUCGAGGCGGCCAACCCGGGAUAUAUCGGUCCUAUUUUUGUACAUAUCGGAACCGCGCGACAAUGAAAACCCGUUAGUUUCUGCAAGCCUCGGGCGGUUCGAAUUAACGGCGAAAAAUUUUAUUUUACUAGAUCCGAAUGUAUAUAAAGAGACUUUAUGCCCGACGCAUAUACACCUAUACAUAUAUUAUAUUAUUAUUAUAGAUAUAAGGUACUCGUUACGUAUCGUCGACGUAGAUUAGAUAACGAGCCCGCAGGCUGGGCUCGAAAAUGAAAAGAAAAAAAACAGAUACGGAUUAUAUUUGUUUUCUCUCGAUAGUUUAAGGAAAAUGUUGACGUAAUUAUUCUAUGGUAAAUUUUAAUUAUGGUAUUGGCCGUCUGGCGAAUAAAUCGUAGGGAUUUCGACCGAGAGAAUCUCCUUAAAAUUCUCGUCGACCCGGUUAAUCUCAAUUAAAGUUUAACUUAAAAGUAUUAAUCCGUUAAGUCGACGCGGGCGCCCAAAUAUAUGUUGAAUGUUUUUUGUAUUUUACGUUUAUUUUAUACCGGGAGGGAAUUUUAUUUCUCUUUUUUUAAACCUGUGAUACGACAAUAUGGCAGCUUUAUCGAGUUUUUAUUAUUGUUAUUUUUAAAGUUUUCCGGGCACCGCGUUGCUCUCCGCCGUUUAUUCCCGGGCCGGCUUUAGCCACCCGUCCGGGUGGACCGAGAUCGAAAAAUCCCCGGGAAUUUUUCGGGUGGUCGUCCGGAUACGUCGGGUCCCGUCCCGACCCUUAAUGGGCCGGCUAAAGAGAGCCCCUCUUAACGCCCGCCGGGCGGAAAAAGUUAAAAAUCGGGUCCGGCCUUAAGCAAAAUAUCCGAAAAACGGGUGGGCGCGGUCGACCGGUGGGAAAGGACGGCGGAGGGAAGAGGAAUCGUCUUCGACUCGGUCUUCCGAUCGCCUUUCCACUCCUCCGAUGGUUUCCUCUUCCGGUAUUUACUCUCGCCGCGUGCGUGGCGUUAAAACAAUUUAUCUCCUUUUCGCCCUAUUACCUGUAAGUUUAUUGCCGUUAACUUAUUGUAAAAAUGUUGGUAAAUAAAAUAAUUCCACCAAACGGUCUGCGCGCGCUCUUUAUUUUUACCACGCCGAUCCGUCCGGGAUGCGAUCUCGCGCGUCGCUAGUCGUCACGCCUGGCGAUUUCGCGUCGUCUACUUUUUUCUUUCCUCUAUCGCGGUUGGUAAACGACGGAACUUUCUACUCAGUCCUUUAGCUAUAUUUAAGAUAAUGUUAUUAAUAAAAAGUAAAAACCACCGGUAUUUUAUAUCCGGAAAUCUAAAAAAGGUCUUUCCGUCGACGGCGCCACGCGUACGCUCUUUUAUCUUUUCUCGGAUAAAGCGAAGAAUCGAAUAGACUGGAUUCGAACGCCGUAACUACUUUUAACGACGCGGCGCGAAAGGCCUCGGCUGAUGGGUGCGACUUUUUUGUUUUCAGUUGCGCUUAGGAAGAGAUUUUAAAGCGGACGAGAGCGACGACGGCUCCGCUCGACCGCUUAAGAAUUGACAAUACUGUAAACUUAUUUUCAAAAAACAGAAAAGUAAAAGUAACGUACGCAAAACAUUAGUAAAUACGCCACCUUCCGUCGGUCGUAAAUCAAUUUUUUGGUGGUGG